CUUCAAUCUAAUUUAUGGCAUUUCCUAUAACUUGCAUGUUUAAAGAUCUCGGUAUUUUUGUUUUAACAUCUUUAAUCAGCUAAAAUUGUCCAAUUGUUGGACUCUACUGUUGAACAUUUUGUCUGACGUCUUCUAAAAUGAAACACUAUUGCUAUCAAUAUCUCCUCCCCCACGACCAACCACGAACGUUUUAAAUUGUUUACUUCCAAAUUGCAUUAUUUGUGUCUGUUUUCUAAAUCAUUGAGUUGAUCUUUUGUUUUUCUUAUUCCUUUAACACAUAAAAUUAUUUUAGACUUGAAAGAUAACAAGAGAAAAAUGAGUGGAUUUGUUGCUGUGCAUACCGGUGCAGGCAACAAUAUCGAUGAAACCAAAUAUCAGCGUGUAAUUAAAGAAGCCUGCAUCCGGGCGACCGAAAUUUUAAAAAAUGGAGGCUCCGCGCUGGACGCCUGUGAGAUGGCUAUCAUGCGGUUGGAAAACUGUGGCAGCACCAAUGCCGGAUUCGGGUCCAAUCUUACAUGGGACGGGAAGGUCGAAUGCGAGGCAUCCAUAAUGGAUGGGUCUAAUUUACAAUUUGGGGCAUGUACAAAUGUGUCCACAGUGAGAAAUCCCAUUCAGCUGGCACGUAUCAUAUGCGAUAGACAAUCGAAAAUGCUCUCAAUGCAAAGAAUUCCACCGAUGGUACUUGCUGGGGAGGGUGCUGCCGAAUACGCAUCCGAGGUUGGAUGUACUAUGAUCGAAGCUGACAAAAUGAUCUCGUCCAAGGCAAAAAUCUGCUACAAUCACUACAAGACUAAAGUGUCUGAUUGCGAGACUGGUUAUAGCGUCAAAUUAAGCUCCUUGGACACGGUGGGAGCAAUUUGUGUUGAUGAAGAUGGCAAUUGUGCUGCCGGAUGCAGCUCUGGUGGGCUGGUUCUCAAGUUACCGGGACGAGUUGGACAAGCGGCCACUUAUGGUGCAGGAUGUUGGGCUACAAGCACUCCACAUAUGUCGGUUGCUACAUGCACCACUGGUAAUGGCGAGUAUCUAAUGAAGACACUUCUUGCCAAAGAAAUUUGCACUGAUCUUAUAUCAUCCGAGUGCGGAGUGACCAGUCUACACAGAGUAUUUAAACAAAAGUUCAUCGAUUCUCCAUUUCUGCCUGCAGACCAAGAUUUGUAUGGUGGUGCAUUAUCUCUGGCCUUCCAUCCGCAAUCAAAUUGCGGUGAAGUUAUUUGGAGUCAUACCACAAAAUCAUUCUGCCUUGGUUUCAUGAGUACUGAAUACAAAGGACCCAAGUUUUUGCUAUCACAGCUGCCAACUUACUGCAUACCAGGUAAAUCGAUUGUUGUAAAUGGACAACCUUUUAGUUUUAAAGACUAACUACGACCUUGCAUUUUUUUAAUAUUAUGUAUUUUCUGGAUGUGUUCUUUUGUACAUAAUAAUUUAUUGACACUUUUCAAAAACUUCUUCCCGAUCCUGGAAUUUUGUAAUGUGUUCGUCUUUAUAACAACCCGACUUAUGUUAAGGUAUUAAAAUUAUGUCUUAUUGUAUGAACAUUUAUAAUAAUAAUAAUAUAUUCCUAUAUACUUUUGUAAACUCAACCAAAGUGUUAUGUGCGUUAUUC